AUGGUUUCUUCAAUGGCCACCAUAGUUACGAAGAAGAACUCUUUUCUAUCUGACGAUCACAGCGGACAAGGCUUCCAAAUCUCUAGCUACUGGCGGCUGCCCUGCGCACAAGAUACCUCGGACCUCCAAGUUCACUCUCUGGAUCUUAUCUUGGCCUCCCAUCUAUCCACAUCGGAGUCAAAGUCAUUCUCAUCAUGGUUCUGCACAAUACUCGAGAAAGUAGAUCUUCCAAAGGCGUUAGCAUCCAAGCUUCCAUCAGCUUAUGAGCCAAAAUCUUUAUUCACGGCGUUCAAGGUCAUUCUGCCUCAAAGCAAAGGCUACUGGGUUCGCAGAAACAUAAUUCAACAACGUUUCGUUGACGCUGAUGCCAAGUCAAUCGCAGAUUUGGCACAAGCUCGUCAAUACUAUGAACCAAAUAAGGUAGAGAACCUAUCCGCCAGGUCGCUUCCAGGUUUGCUCGACAUUGCGGUCGGUGUGAUUGAGCUUAACGCGAGAACAUGCCUCGAUAGCGUCGUUGAGGAAUUCGCUGCUUUGGAGCUCGAGGUGCUUAACCGACUGUCUCUUCCUCUACUUCUUCCUGAACCGAUUCCACGGUAUCGACUGGCCGUACUUCAUGGCCGCUACAACUUCAAAAUGACCGAGAUGCUCUACCGCGCAGCUUCUGAAAUGGACAUUGAGAUUUAUGUGCUGGCAGAGCCAGACCACUGGUUUCAAAGCAACGAGUAUGCCGCAUUUCGCAAGGCUUACAUUCCAAUCGAUAUCCAGCGAGUGGACAAUACUUUAGCGCAGCGUAUCGUGGACGCACUUCAUGAUCAUAAUAUCGAGGUCAAAGGGGUCGUUGCUCUUACCGACAAGUGGCUUAUACCCGCAGCGCAAGCAGCUCAAAUCCUUGGAUUACCAACAGAGUCUACCCGGGUGUACGAAAUCUGUCGUGAUAAAUUCCUUACGAGACAGCUGGAUCUACCCUUUGACUUCAUGAGCGAGCGUGUCGAGGGACUGAAGGGUGCAGAAGUCUGGCUAGAAAGGAUACGCCAGAACCAAGAGACAUUAAAGUAUCCACUUAUAGUCAAGCCGUGUGCAGGAUGGGCGUCAGAAGGGGUGCGUAAAGUGUACAAUGAAGCCGAGCUUUUUGGUGCUGUUAGCAAAGCAAACCUUAACGACUAUUCUCGGGGUGAUCUGGUUACUAUAGAGACUUACAUUGAUGGACCAGAAUUUGAUGCCAAUUUCAUUCUGUGGGAAGGUAAGCCGCUGUUCUACGAGAUCUCUGAUCAGUUUCCCGCCGAGGCCGAUAUUGUCACCUCAUCUUCGACGAAUUUCCUCGAAACUGAGCUAUUUCUGCCGUCCGCUCUGCCUUCCAAUGAGCAAGACGUCAUCAGGCAGGACAUGCUUAAUGUUCUAGACAAAAUGGCCUGUCUGAACGGUAUCCAUCACAUGGAAGGCCGUAUGCGGAAUUCGGCUAUGGAGUACCGUUUGACUGAUGGUACUACCGACCUCACCUGGAAGUCUGAUGCGUUGAUAGGAGAGCCAAAAUCAGUCCUGAUUGAGAACAACCCUCGGCCUCCUGGGACUAAUUCCAAUACGGUCAUUCUCCAAACUUACGGUGUUGAGUUUUACGCCUUACACCUACUUAUUGCAAUUGGCGACGCCCCGCGCAUACAUGCCUUAUCAGUGCCAUUCAAGAAUGGGCCUCAGUAUCACUGCGACCUCGUGAGUAUACCUGUGGUGAAAGGUGGGUUCUUUGCCUCGCGGGAUGCUACUGCCGAUUUCUUCCAGCGAUUGCCGCAUCUUCAGACCUUGGUCAAGAAGUCCGGUUGCUAUUUCAGCUACGGCGAGGAAGUGCCAGAUCCGAGCUCGGGGAUAUGGACCCAAAUCGCCUACUUCAUGGUCGCUUCACGGACGAGUAGGAAAGAGGUUAUUGAUGACAUCCGUGUAAAUUUCCGAUAUAAACUUGUGCCCAGUUUGAAUGAGCUGGACGCUUGA